GCGCGGUCAUUUGCGUCGAGCACACGCUUAGUAGCAAUUGCUCCGUAAAUUUAUUUUAUUAACCAGUAAAAACAAAAAAAAAAAAACCUAAAAUGGAUAACGAUAACGAUGAAGAAGAUCUAAGGUUUAAUAGUGAUAAAAGUGAUUCAGAAUUACUCAACGAAUGCGAAAUUGUUUUGGAAGAUUUGAAUGACAGCAUUGAAACCAGAAGAAAAAACUUGAGAAAGUCUGUUGAGAAAAGAAAAGAGAGAGAGGACGAUAGUAGCGUAGAAGAAUAUACAACCGUUACCAGGAAGUCUAAACGCCUUAUUCGUAGCAAUUCGAAUAAUGCAGAGAAUAAUCACGUAACACAAAAAAACAAUCUGAGGGUAGAAGAAAAACAAAAUAAUUAUGCAACCAAUGUUGAAGUUUGUGUAUCGUCGGUAGAUGCCUUACCUAAACAAAUGGCUUUUGCGAAGUUGUUGAACAACGAAAGUAUAAAAAACAUACUUAGAAUAAAAUAUAAAAGCCCCUACAAGGUACUUAUCCGUUUUGCCACCAAUGAAGAUGCUGAGAAUUUGAUAAACUGCCGAAAGUUUAAAGAACUAGGCUUUAAAUGCUAUAUGACAUAUGAGUCAACUAUGUCUUUUGGUAUCAUUAAAGGUGUUGACAUGGAGUUAAAGGAGGAAGAAAUUAUGGAUAUUUUAGAGAGCGAAUCAAAAAUCUUAUCAAUCAAAAGAUUGAAAAGAAUUAGUUUAAACGAAAUAUGGGUUGACAGCGAAACUGUUAGAUUAUGCUUCGAAGGUUCCACUUUGCCGUCAUAUGUUUAUGCGUACGGGUGUAGGUUCAAAGUGAACCCUUUUGUUUUCCCUGUAACGCAAUGCACGGGAUGCUGGAAGUUUGGACACUACCUCAAAUAUUGCCCAACUAAAAUUAAAAUUUGUCCCAAAUGUGGCGGUCAACAUGAAAAUUGCGAAAUUAAAGAUUACGUUUGCCUAAAUUGCAAGGGCCCCCACCUAGUAUUAGACAAACAAUGCCCUUUACAUAUUAAAGAGAAAAAUAUCCGAGCAAUUAUGGCCAAGGAAAAUUCUACAUAUAGAAAAGCUUUAGAAAUAUACAAUUCAGUUCAAAACAAAAAUAUAAACAUACAAGAACCAAUAGAUACAAAUUUACAAGAAUUCAACCAAACGUUAACACGUAUGACGUCAUCAGCGCUAAGUAACUCCCCAGAAUUAUACAGUUCUAUCGUAACUAAGAAUGGAACAAAAAGAAGCACAGAAGAUAAGCUGGCUUACAGUAACUAUAAAAAUGGCAGGGACAUUGGCCCAUCGCAGAAAAAGAAAACAAAAGAAAAACCAUUGUUUAUGGAGGAGAUACCUACGACAAUUCAAGAAAAUCGAGCUGAUACCAACGGCAGGGAUACUAACUGCAACAAAUUAGUAGAUAAGUACAAAUUUGAUUUUAAGAAAUUCAUUUUGAAACUUAAAAACAUUAUUAUGUCUGAGAGAAGUUUAGAGGAAAAAAUUGUAACAUGCAUAAAAUUAUUGUAUGAUGAUAUUAAAAAAUGUAUAUGUAGUCUAUUCGAUAAUGUUAACUUGAUACAAUACUUUCUGUCAAUUAUUAAUGGAUAGCAUCUCUUAUCAUUCCGUU